AUGCCAGGGACGGACCGCGAAAUCCGCCACGACCUCAGCCUGACAUUGGAGGAAGUGUUUCGAGGUUGCGUCAAGAAGAUGAAGGUCACCCGCAACGUGACUUCCUCCGACGGCCGCUCGCAGUGCCGCGAGCAGAAGGUCCUCACCAUCAACGUCAAGCCGGGCUGGAAGGCGGGUACGAAGAUACGAUUCGAACGCGAGGGGGACCGGCUGCCCGGACGCGUGCCAGCCGACAUCGUGUUCGUGGUUCGCGACAAGCCGCACGAGCUGUUCAAGAGGAACGGCGCUGACGUGCACUACGUGGCCAAGAUAAGCCUCACGGACUCCCUGCGCGGCCUGGAAGUGAACGUGCCCACGCUUACGGGUGGCGUGGUGCCGCUCAACCUGAAGGGGCCCAUCUACCCGUCGGCCACGAAACGCAUCCGCAACGAAGGCCUGCCGCAUCCGAAGGACCCGACCAAACGCGGGGACCUUGUGGUCAGCUUCGACAUCAUUUACCCCGAUACGCCGAAGUAGA